AAUAUGAGUGUUACAGAUACGAUGAAUUAAAUUCUAAGCAAAAUAGGAAAAGAGAAGAAGAAGAAGUGGGCUUUUAACCAAAUUGAACAUCCCACGAGUUUUCUCUCUCUACAUAUUCUACGCAUCUCUCUCUCUCUCCUCUGUAGUCGGUCGGAUUUCCACCAUUUUCAAUUCAAUUCUAUUUCAAUUUUAUUCAAUUCGAUUUCAAUUGCAUUACCCAAUUGCUGAAAACCCUAUAAUUUUUGUUGUCUGAUCGGAAAUUUUCUCGAUUUCUGGCAAUAAAGUUGCGAUCUGACCGGAAUUUUUACUUCCGGUUAGUUGACUGAUUUGAUUUCGGAGUUUUAGCUCCUGGGCGAUAAUUAUAUAUCGAGCUGCUGAGGCUCCAUUAGAAAGUUUUGAAGCAAUGAAGAACGGAGUGAUAGAAUGUAGUGUGUGUCACUCAAAAAUAAUGUCGCCGACCUCCAAGACCGUGUCAAGGGCCUAUGACCGGCAUAGGAGUAAGGUUUCUUCGAAGCAACGUGUUCUUAACGUUCUCUUGGUUGUUGGAGAUUGUUUUCUGGUUGGUUUGCAGCCUGUUCUGGUUUACAUGUCCAAGGUGGAUGGGAAGUUCAAUUUUAGUCCAGUCAGCGUCAACUUCUUGACUGAGGUUAUGAAGGUUAUUUUUGCAAUGGUUAUGCUUUUGAUUCAGGCCAGAAAUCAGAAAGUGGGAGAAAAACCUCUUCUAUCUAUCUCCACUUUUGUUCAGGCUGCUCGCAACAAUGUGCUUCUGGCUGUUCCUGCACUUCUAUAUGCAGUUAACAACUAUCUCAAGUUUAUUAUGCAGUUAUAUUUCAAUCCAGCAACUGUCAAGAUGCUCAGUAAUUUGAAGGUUUUGGUAAUUGCUGUUCUGCUAAGGAUGGUAAUGAGACGCAAGUUUUCUAUUAUUCAGUGGGAAGCUCUUGCUCUGUUACUCAUAGGCAUUAGUGUCAAUCAAAUGCGUUCUGGUCCUUCCGGACCUGAGGAUUCUGCAUUGGGACUUCCAGUUGCAACAGGAGCAUACAUCUAUACAUUGAUCUUUGUUACAGUUCCAUCUUUGGCCUCUGUAUUUAAUGAGUAUGCUUUGAAGAGCCAAUAUGAAACGAGCAUAUACCUUCAGAACUUAUUCUUAUAUGGAUAUGGUGCAAUUUUCAACCUUUUGGCCAUAGUGGGAAUUGCUUUGGUGAAAGGCCCAAACAGCUUUAACAUUCUUGAGGGACAUUCAAAAGCUACUAUGCUUCUAAUAUGCAAUAAUGCAGCUCAAGGAAUCUUGUCUUCCUUCUUCUUUAAAUAUGCAGACACAAUUUUGAAGAAGUAUUCUUCAACUGUUGCCACGAUCUUUACGGGUUUUGCUUCUGCUGCACUGUUUGGUCAUAGGCUAACAAUUAACUUUAUGUUGGGGAUUUCUAUAGUUUUCAUCUCAAUGCAUCAGUUUUUCUCCCCUCUUUCAAAAGUGAAAGAUGAACAGGAAAACAAUGUAGAAUUGAUGGACGUACCAAACAAUAUCAGGUCGAAGGACCCCUUCAUAGAUAUGGCUGCUGGAGCUAAUGAUGAGGCUAGUCAUCGUGUAGAUCAUGAUGAUAGACAACCACUUCUUCCCAGAUAAGUUUGAUUGCAGUCGUUCUUGCGAGUGUAUAAAAUGGAUAAGUAUUUCCAAGUAAAAGUUGGACUACAGUGGCCAUUAAUUGCAGAAGCUGGAAUAAGACAGAAUGAACAGAUCAUAUAUUUCCUGCUCCAUAUAGAUGUAUACAGCAUUUGUGAAUUGAAUUUGGAAUUUGGGAUCUGAGGUACCUGUUUAAUGUGUAUUCUCAGGGGCUAGUCAUAUCCUGGGCAGGCUAGCUUUUCUGCGAUCCCUGCUCGUCACCACACACAGCUAGCAAUACUUAAUUCUUGAACAUUCUUUUACGUAAGUUAAGUGCAGAUAAAUUUUGCCCCUCUUCAUAUUACCUCAUUUUGUAGCUCUAUUGUUGACAUUUUAUUGUAGUUUCCAUCAUGCGCCUUCACAUUUAGCUUUUAGUUUAUUGUAAGUCUGUAAGGUACAACAUUUUGAUGAAAAAUAUAUCCAGGUUUUAUUUUUUUUAAUGCUAAUGCUUAAAUGUGCUCCAUUUAAUAGUUGUGUAAUACUUAAUAUUUUCUUUUGUACCAUGUAUGUGUGCGUCUGAUACUCUGAUGAUACCUGCUAAUCUGCAACAGUGAGCUCAAAUUGUUGGGGGGAGGCUGAUACUAAUGUAUUUUGGAGGAUUGUCAUCAGCUUUUUUUUUUUUUUUUUUUUUUUUU